GUUUAAACUAGCUAGGUUGAACACGCCUUUCAAACCUUAUUAAAAAAUUGUUUAAAAUGUUAAUUUUUGCAAGUUUGCUUGAAAUUAUAGAGAAAAAAGGGUUGAGGAGAUGCAUAUCCAUGGCCUAAUCUUGAUCGUUCUUUUACAUGGAGUUUUAACUGAACACUGCCCAGCGAAAUGUUCAUGUUAUAGGAACAAAGUGAACUGUGCUGGUCGGUCAUUAACAAGCUUGGGUGAAUAUGACUUACACUUAAUACAAUCAUUUGACCAUGUGGAUAUCUCUAGAAACAAAUUUACAAUAUUUCCUCCAUUAGAAGCAAAAUUUAUUAAUGCCUCCAACAAUAUUGUUCAACUAUUUCCUGAUAUUAUAGAUGGAGUUCAGUCUCUGUCAUUGAGAUACAACCAGAUGAGAGAUGUUUCAUCUGAAAACUGCCCUAUCAGCCUGCGAAGCCUUGAUUUGUCAGAAAAUCCGAUUAAAACAAUAAAUAUUGCUUGUGUUGGACUGGCUGUGCUAGAUCUAUCACACUGUGACAUUGAGGUUUUACCAGAGACAUUUCUUGAAAAAUUACCAUCUCUACAGGUCUUAAAUAUAGGUGACAAUCCUCUAAGGAAAAUAAGUGACUUAGUUUCUUUUUCACUUCAAGAACUACGGAUCCAAAGAACACAGCUUAGAGUUUUGAAAACAACAGUUCUUGCUGGUUUGACUAAUUUAAAAUUCCUUGAUUUAAGUGGUAAUAAACAUAUGCGAAUACUUGAUUUCAAUACAAAUACAGAGAUUUUAAUUGCUCAAAACUGUUCUUUGGAAUCUGUUGACUUUUCGGGUAUGCCAUUUUUAAGAACAGCAGUAAUUGAUCACAAUAUAAUAAAUCAUAUAAAUUUUCUGAAUUCAUUGGUUGAAUUACAUGCUAGUUAUAACUUAAUCACUUAUAUAGACUUACGUAGUCUUAAAAUUGCUGACUUAAGCUAUAAUAUUCUCUCUACAUUGAAAUUAAGACCCAUGGAUUGGCUUAAUAUAACUGGUAACCAAAUCCAGAAUUUGAAAUUAGUUUCUAUGCAUCUUCUUGAAGCUUCUCACUGCAAGUUAAAAGCCAUCGAGACUAAUGGAGUUAAAAUUCACACUCUUAAUAUGUCUCAUAAUGAAUUGGAACAUUUUCCUGGUGGAAUGAGUGCAACAGUACUUGAUGUCAGUUAUAACAGACUGAGUAGCUUUAAGAAUCAGAUAAAUGGUAUUGUAGAGAUUCGUCUUUCAGGCAAUCGCCUAGUUUUAGCAGAGGAUGUCAUUGCCCAAGGAAAGAUGUAUCUUAAUGACAAUCCAUGGACUUGUGACUGCAGGAUGGACAAUCUGUAUAGACUGGCUGAGGACGCAAACAAUCUAUUGUGUGCACAUCCAAAAAAUGUUUCAGGCAAAACAUGGGCAGAUGCAUGCUACCGUAGCAGAAUACCUCGCUGGAUGCUAAAACAUCCCUAUAUUCCAUUUAUUAUUUCUACAACAGUUCUAUUUCUAGCAAUUUUUUGUUUUUAUUGGAUCAGGAGAAUGCUUGAUACUCCCAAUCUACCUGCAGAAGAAGAAGAAAACAAUCAUGUCAUUGAGACUGUGUUACCACAAAUUGUGAUAAAUGACCAGCUGCCGAGCUAUGAAGAAGCUCUUCUGAUGCCGGGAAUAGCUAGGAAGGUCAAUGUUGUUACACAGACUCGGUCGUAUGAAGUUUUAUCAAGAAGACUUAGUUCUAAUUCAAUAUAAAGUGUUCAAUUGAAGUACAAUAAAAAUUGUGAUAAUUGACUUUGAUACAAAUAGUAUUUUUAACAAUUACUUAAUAUCUCAUCACCAAAAAGGGCAGCAAUGAAAAUUAAAAAAGAUUCUUAUUGAACAUUUAUUUUUAUAAAUAUAUGUAUCUGUGACAGCUAACAAAUUUAAAAUGUCAUUGAUUUUCUCCAUUUUGUUCUAUAUAGAAAUAAAUAUUAUGACUUCACAGAGUUAAGAGCUAUAAAGACAUUAUUCUUAAGGAUUAGGUUAUUAUUAUUAGAAUAGUAAAUUAUUAUUGACUGCAGAAAUAAUGUGUACAUAAAUAUAAUUCAAAUUAAAAGUUUUAGAAUGUGUAAAGCCAUUUCUUUUUAAAUAAGUAACUGGAAAAAUAAGAAUAAAAUUAUCAUGUGCAUUAAAAUAUUGAUUCUGACAUCAUUUAGAAAACAGAAUCAUUUAUUUGGAAAUAGUAAAUGUACUUCUUUUUUAUUAUUGUAAUAUAUUUUUUUAUUGUAUAUAACUAGCUCUAAGUUUAUUAUAUUUUUUUCCUUUUAAAAAUAUUGUAAUAGUAUUUUUUUCUAGUCAAUACCGAUAACAAAUUGGAAAAUACAUGAAACAUUGAAAAUAAUAAUUGAACUUUUUGAAAAUACUAAAGAUCAUGUAUCAUAUCACUGUUCUUCAACUAAACUAGUUUUUAUGAAUCAAUGGUGGGAGGAAACCAAUUAGAUGUGAAAAAAAACUAUUCUUACUUAAAAGAUGCAUUUGGGAUAUAAUGGCAAAGUGAUAUGCAGAUGUAUUUUAACUACUUUUUGAGAAUAUCAUUACUCACAAUUUAUUUUCACCCAUGUAAUGAAAAAUUAAUCGUAUUUUUUUUUACCCUUUAUUUUCAAUCAAAAUUACUGAAUUUUCUAAACUCCGAAAUGUUACACUUAAGGUGUAAAGUUCUUUCAUUUUAUAAUAUAACUUUUUAUAUGAAACUAGUAGUAGUCUGUAGUAAAUUGCUCAGUGAUUAAAUAAUAAAAUAAUAUGAAAAUAAAAUAAUGCAAUGUAUCAUAAAAGAAAUCAAUUGUUACUUUCUCGCUAAAUAUAAUCGACAGAGCAAACAAAAAUUAGAAUUUAGUAAUUUAAUAAUCUUUUAUAUUGUCAUUGACAUAACCAACAGAAAAGUGUUUAAUUUUUUAGUUAUUCACAAAUAAAGUUUCUUUUCUUUCAUAACUUUUGUGCCUGAAUUUUCAUGGUGAAUGGACUAUUUUUCCUGUCUGAAGGAGAAGGAAACCUUCAAAAUUGGUGAGUCAAUCUUGUGGAUUUGAUGAAGAAUUGACAAUGAUAUGGCUUAUCGACAAAAAUAUACCUUUGAUAAACAAUAUAAAAUCCUCCUAUCUCGAUCACAAGGACCUUAAGUUGACAAAAUGAGAUAUGUAUUCCAUGACAGUACUACAAUUAACGUAAAGUUGUAUGGAUGUAAACCCUUUGCCUUGUAUUAUCUCGAAAAUAGUACAUUUUUGGGCUUAAAAACGCUGGUCUUGGUGUACGCAUCAAAAUCUUCAAAGGCCAAUUUGUCCCGUAUUGAUCUACAGACUUACCACUGUUGUAAUAUUGAAGUCUUAGCAAAAUAUUUAAAUCGACUAAAUUUAUUUUAGAAAGAAAAACAAAAGCGGAAAGUACGGAAAGUGAAUGAAAGUACGAUUCACUAAACCCCCGUGAAAUUCUAAUCUCCAACAGCACCCUAUUCAUGGCAUUUGAGCAUAACAGGAGCUUAUAUUUGGUACAAAACCGAUUUUGAGCCUAACUAUAAUAAUAUAUGUCUAGAUCAAUUUUUUUUUUUUUUUUUCAAAAGGAAGGAUUGAUUUAAACAAUAUAAUUAUUCUUAUCUCACUUUCCAUUGUAACUAAAAUUGAAACUGAAUUUACAUAUGACAAAACAACAAAAUAAGAUAAUCAAAACUAAUGAAUAAGAGCAAUACAUACUGGCAGAAUAAGCUAACCUUCCCUAUAGUAAUUAAAAAUAGAACAGUGCUCAAUACUUUUUUGUUUCCUUAAAGAACUACUAACUUACUGAUAACUUUUUUGUUAUCGAAAGAUAGCAAACAUGCUUUGGAAAUUUACGGCAACUCAAUCAUCGAAUAAAAUUAAUGCGAUCCAUUCAAAAUUUGUAUUUGUUGAAGAUUUUAGAUUAAAUAUUUAUAUGCUAUCAGAAAUCUUUGUUUUUUCUUGUAAAUAAAAAUGGGAUUCUUAAUAUGGUAGCAACAUUCACUUACCUUUCAUAUUUUUACUAUCAAAGUACUAGAAAACAGAAUAGUUAACUCUUUUCUGAAGCACUAUUAAACUCAUCAUAAACAGCAAAAACAGUUUUGCAUUAAUUAUUUUUUCCUCUUUAGAAAAAAAAGUGUAUGACAUGGUUAUUAUAUUAUUUACUGAUUGUACUAUCUGCAGCUAUUAUUUUCAAACAAUCAUAGAACCAAAUAUUUCUGAGGAGAAAGCUAUUUUACACCCUAUCUACCCAAAGUAGAAGUACAAUAAGGAGGUUACUUCAAACUUAUUUAUCAUUUUUCAUUAAAAUCAUAGAAAUAUAUUAGCUUUUUAAGAAACAUUCUUGUUUCUUAUAAUAUGUAAUAUUGUUUCAUUUUUGUUUUUUUCAUGAAUCAUCAUUGACAUAAAAAAAAAUAGAAUUUCAUUAUAUUUUUAAGCAAUCACAAUAUUAAACAUUUGGUGCUCCUGGACAAUUAUGUCAUGAGUGCCCCACCCUCUCCCCAAAAAAAUAAAAUUCUAGUUUUAAAUCAAUUAUUUUUAUUAUGCGCUUUAAAUCCGCAAAAGCGGGAAUAAAAAAGAUAAUAAUAAUAAUGCUUUAUUUAUUCUGGGACGAGUCCCUUUAGAAUAAUAUAGAAAGACAAUAAUGAGGGAUAAGGAGCCUUAGAGAUAUAUAUAAACAAAAAUAUUGAGUACUUAAAUACUCAAAAUAAAAAAAUAAUAGAAAAAAUUAUAAGUUACUUACUAAUUCAGAUCAGUUAUUAAUAAAAAAAAAAAAUUUAAAAUAAACAUGCAAUAAAAAUAAUUAAGAACGAUCUAAUAAUUUAUAUACAUAUUUACAGUAGUAACUAUUUAUUUAUGGGGAUUGAAUGAAUAAGAAAUGAUUGAAUAGGCGGGAUUUAAAGGUAGGAAAGGUUUUGGAUUGACGGAUGUGGGGAGGGAUGGAGUUCCAUAGGGAUGAGGAUCGCAUAAUGAACGAUCUGUAGAAAGCAGCGGUUCGGUGGAUCCUUAUGUAUAAAUCAGAAGACCGGGAAUGAGUAUUGCGGGAACGAACGGAGGAUUUUAAUUGAAGGAGCUCAGAGAUGUAUGAAGGAUGGUGGAAUUGGAUGAUUUGAAAGAGGAAGGAUGCCGGGAAAUACUUAUGAUGGUAGGAAGGCUAAAGCCACUUCAACGCUGAAUAAAAACAGGAAACAGAGGCGUCCCUUGGGAUCGUACAAAGCAAUUUAUCAAACGUUUUAAUUUUGCCUCAAGAUCCACAGAGACGCCCCCAUAUACCGUACAGCAAUAGUCAAGGUGGGGAAAAAUUUAAGGAAGUUACUAGGAGUCUACGGGUUUCAAGGGGAAAUAGGUGACGGGAGUAAUUUAGACGUUUUAAAGUGGAAAUGGUACGGCGGGAGAUGUUUGAUACAUUAUUUUUCAAGGAAAACGUUUGAUCAAAGAUCAUUUCAAGGUUUUUGUUGGAGGGAUAAAAUUUGAUGGGAUUAUCAUGUAGGAACAGAGUUGGAAUAUUAGGAACAGUUUUAAGGAGGUGAUUGGAGCCUAUUAAGAUUGCCUUCGUCUCUUCUGCAUUCAACUUCAACUUGUUAGCUCUCGCCCAGUCACAUAUCCUACCUAUCCAAGUCUUCUUGAAGUUUUUCUGUGGCUGAUAAUAGGUCGGUGGGCGGGAAGGACAUAUAUAUUUGGAAAUCAUCUGCAUAGAUAUUGUAUUGGGAGUGAUGGAUCAGGAGAGGAGGGUCAUUAAUAUAAAUAGCAAACAGAGUAGGAGAUAGAGAGGGACCUUGAGGGACACCACAGGAGAGGGGGAGGGUUUUAGAUGGAGGUUGACCUGGGACAACUACAUACUCGGACCGAUUUGAAAGGAAGGAUUUGAACCAACACAGGGUACUGUUGGAUAGAGGAAGAUUAUGCAAUUUAGUGAGGAGGAUGUUAUGGUCAACUGUGUCAAAUGCUUUGGAAAAAUCUAGAAGGAUGAGGAUAGUAAGGUAAUUUACCUCAAUUAUUUGGCAGCCCAAAGGUGAACUCAUGUGGAAACUAAGUUGAAUCUCGCUUCAUUUCUCCCUAAAUCUCUGAUAUUAUUUACAAAUAUAGACAUACAUUGAAAGUUUCAACUAAUUGCUGCCUGAGCUUGUCCUAGAGCUGCCAAUAAAUCCCGAUUAAACUAUAGUUUUCUCAUUUAUUAUUAUAAUUGAUAUGUUCUAUAUUAUUUUCUUUACACUUCUAAGUGUGUAAAUAAUUUCAAAUUAAACAUUAUUGCAAUUAUUUAAAAAAAAUAUAAGGUAUAUCAUAUUCAUUUUUAUAUUAAGGGGAUGAUAAAUAAUCAAGAUUAGCAGAGUAGAUUUGUUUUAUUCAGCUUAGUAAAGGUUUGGCCCACAUAUAUGUGUCAUCAUUCAUCAGAGAAAAAAAUCAUUGAGCUCUCGAUUUUAGACUAGAUAGUAACCUUUUCCCAGAUAGCCCACAUGCUUAGGGUUAAAACAUUGGAAUACUGAAUAAAAUAAAUCUUUGACAGCAAAUCAUGUUUAUUUAUUAUCCUCAUGAUUAAAAAAAGGGAGGCAACUAAAAUAUCUAUCUCUAAAUUUUUUUCAAUUAUUAAUGGAUCACUUUAUUUUAGAUAGAAUCAAGAAAAUGAAUUAUAUGAUCUUGAAACUCUGAUAGCUUUGUAGGAUUUUAUUCUUCAAGAAAGACAUCCCAGAUUACUCAUACAGCCUUUGUAAAGGGCUCACUAUUAUAUUCAUCUGCCAACUUAACAUUCCUGUUUUGAUGAAUGGUAUAAUAAAUAUUGAAUAAAAUCAGGCAUACCAUCAACACUAAAACAGAUAUUGACAUUCAAUGGUGAUUAA